CUGCCCCAGCCUUAUCCUAUUCAACUCUCCUGGUCCACGGUUAGGUUAGCGCAGUGCUCCUUAGCCGCGGUGUCAUAUAUCAGCCCCUAGAGGGCGAUGGUGUCAUAGGAAGUCUGCAAUUACCACCCAUGUUUUAUUGUUGCAUUAGCACACUACAAGUAUGUGCCGUUCCAAAACCUGGCACUUCUCCGACUUCAAUGCAGAAACCAUCAUGGUGAAUAUCCGAGCGAAUCUGACCACCUUCUCUAUUCCCCCCUCUCUGCUCGGUUUGCUGCGCCGGGUAUGUAAACCUUGCGGUGGUGACCGGCUUGCCCGGGCUGCAUCGGAUACGAGGCGGCGAAUCGCAGAAGCCACGCUUCAGCUGUCAGCGUCGAUGUGAACAGUGGGAAAACGGAGCAUGUGCAGAGCACCUUUCGCGCGCCCAUCUUGCCCCUGCUGAACAGCCAUUCUCUGCAUGCAAUUGCUGUUUCCCACUAGGACACAGAUGAUCCUAUCUUAGGCUCUCACCAUAAGCAGACGAAUAUCCAUAAGAUCAGUGCUGAGUGGAUGGUGGGGUGUGGCUAUUCUGCCGUGUUGCAGUGUCUAGCUUACCCAUCGGGAGGGCCGUGAGCUGCAAAGUAGUGAGGAGGCCUGGAUCCCAGCCCUGUCUCGGCCAGCGAGCUCACUGGGUUGCCUUGGGCAAAUCAGAUCUCCACCGCACAGUCCCAAUCAGGAUUGUUAUGAGAACAAACUAGGAUCCAUUCCUUGGGAGAACAGCGGGAUACAAAUGUGGACGGAAAUAAAAAUAAAUUUAUUUACGUGAAGCAAUGGUAAAGCAUGGAAUGGCGCUCUGUGUGUGUACGAGAGAGACGUUAAUUAUGUGCUUCACAACUGAAGUAACAGACACGGCCGUCUAAAGGGGGCUGUCCCUAAAUCUGAAUCAACCCAGAAUUUAAAUUCGCCCAGCAGCCCCACCGCAAGAUUCCAACGAAGUAAGAACAAUUUUACUUGGUUUCAGUUUAGAUUGUGGGCUCCGGGUUUUCUACCCUACUUAGCGCCAGCGCUUCGCCCUGGCGCAAUCGCAAGGCGCACGCCAGGAUCUUUAUUAUUAUUAUUAAAUAUUUUAUUAGUUGAAUAUAAAAACAAUAUAUAAUCAAACACAAGCAACCAAAUACAAUUUCCCCCUACCCCCCCCCUCAAUUAGCGCCAGGAUCUUGAGAGCCCUUGUGCCGUCGGAGAGACGCCGCCGAGAUUUCUUUGGCCAAUGGGAAGAUGCGGAGCAGACCUGCUUUCUUCUCACUGGAGGCGCCGCUUCGGGGUCUUUCCGCCCGCAUCCAAUCCAGUUUCUCAAAAGGCGGGAAGGCUGCUGGGAAGCCGCCUCAUGCUGGAGGGCCAGUCGCUAUCAGGGGGUGGAGGAAAGGGAAACUCCCUCGAGUUCCCCGCCCGUGGCUAUAAGAUGAGGGAGCCCCCGAGAGAGCGGCUCCCUUUAGCCGUUGCCAUGGCCCUUCCUCCGGCCUCUCAGCAAGUGGGAGAAGCGGGCGGAGGUGAGGAAGAAGCGGAAAGUUCUGCUCCCUGAGCUCCCCAACUUGGCGCCGUCGCCUCAGGGCAAGGGGCUCCUUGUGCUUCGCGCCCGCAGGAGUUGUGGGCUAGUAGUAGUAGCAGCGUCAUGCUGGAGCAACGAGUGGCGUCGGCGGCAGAGGCACUUCCCUUGCCUCAGCCCCGGCUCCAGCCCGCCCCAAUCCGCGCCUUCGCCUUCUAGACCCGCGGGCAUUGCCCCUGCCGUCUCGUGAGUCACUGGAGGUUCCUUGGCGAAAGCGCUUCGUUUCUUUCUGGCGCUUCGCAGAGCGGCACCGUCGGCGGCGGAGAAUGCGAGCGCGCGCCGCUGCGCCGACUUCCCCGCGCGCCAGCCCGGAGCCAAGAUGGUACAAUUGAAACAUAUUUUCCACCUUCAGUGAGGUCUCUAAAGUUCAAGAACUCUAAACAUCUAGAGCUGGAAUGGCAAAUGUGCAGCCCUUUUGUGUUGGACUCCCAUCAGCUCAAGCCAGCAUGACCAUCCUUCAAGGUAGUGACAAACAGAUGGGUUCUUACUUUGAGAACGCAACAUUUCAUUCCAAAAUAACUGAAGCAGCUGAUAUUAUUGUUGGAAUCUUCUAUAUUAUAUUUGGCAUAUGCUCCUUUUGUGGGAACAGUAUCCUCCUCUAUGUUUCCUACAAGAAAAAGAACAUAUUGAAACCAGCAGAGUACUUCAUGAUCAAUUUGGCCAUCAGUGACCUUGGUAUGACUCUGACCUUGUACCCUCUAGCUGUUACAUCCAGCCUUUCACACAGGUGGUUAUUUGGCCAACAGGUUUGCUUGUUCUAUGCAUUUUGUGGAGUAUUUUUUGGAAUCUGCAGUCUGUCUACACUAACAUUAUUGAGUACUGUGUGCUGCCUAAAAAUUUGCUUCCCAACUUAUGGGAAUAGAUUUAGGAGAGAACAUGGUUGGAUCUUGAUAGGAUGCAGUUGGGCCUAUGCAGCCAUUUUUGCCCUUUCCCCACUGGCUCACUGGGGAGAAUAUGGAGCCGAACCUUAUGGUACAGCAUGUUGCAUUGACUGGUAUUCAUCAAAUAUAAACACAACAGCAAUGUCUUACACGAUUGUCCUUUUUGUCUUCUGUUUCAUUAUCCCCUGUGGAGUAAUUGUUACCUCCUAUACUCUUAUUCUGAUUACGGUGAAAGACUCUAGAAAAGCAGUGGAGCAACAUGUCCUGGGACCCACCAGGAUGAGCAACGUGCAGGCUGUUACAGCCAAGCUGAGCAUUGCUGUAUGCAUUGGAUUUUUUGCUGCCUGGAGCCCAUAUGCUGUCAUUGCCAUGUGGGCAGCCUUUGGGUCAAUAGAGAGGAUUCCUCCACUAGCCUUUGCUGUACCUGCUGUUUUUGCCAAGUCUUCAACACUCUAUAACCCAGUUAUGUAUCUUAUGCUAAAGCCUAAUUUCCGAAGCACUAUUGCCAAAGAUUUUGCUGUUCUCAAACAAUUAUGCAUCACAACUUGUUUUUGUCUCAAGCAUGUACAGAGCUGUUCUUACAGAUCAGUUCUGGAAGUCCACACGAAAUCAUUUAAGGGAAGACAUGAAUCCAGCAGUAACUCCAUGCAGAUAGUAGAAGGAUGUUCUUAUUUUCCCUGUGAAAAGUGCAACGAUACCUUUGAAUGCUUCAAGAACUACCCAAAGUGCUGCCAGGACAGGCUAAGCACCAUGGAACACACUCUUCAAGAAAACAUACCCUUGGAAAAUAAAAUUCAAUCGAACGCAAAGCAUGCUUCUGAAAAAUAUGUAAAGGUUGUUGUCCGAGGAGAAAAAAACAGUGAGAUUGAUAGUUUGGAAGUAACAUUAGAAAACAUACCUAUGGAUACUAGGUUUGUCAACCUCUAGAGUAUGUUAAAUUAUUCCAGGUAAUAAUUUAAUUGCACCAGACUUAACGAAUGUAAAACUUUUCUAAGCACUACCCUAUUUUUAUACAGUUAUUUUUAUUUCCUUAUUACCCAUGGGAGGAUGAAGUAAUGCAGCAUAAAUAUGUUUAAAAGUGUAUUUGACUUUCAUCAUGUCCACAACCAUACCUAUGUGCAUUCAGAACAAAUUGUGUACUACUGCAUUUCAUUCACUUCUGAUUUUUUGAGUUUCAGAACUUAUGUCCUUUGCUUCACAGAAGCAAACCACUUCAUACUUGUGAGGCUUUUCUGCAAAACAUUAAUCCUUCAGAUGCUUGGUAAAUAUAUUUUAUAUGCUGCAUAUUCAGCAAAAAGCUUGGUCUAGGUUGGAUUUUCUGAGAGUCCUUUCAGAGAGGUAAUGUCCAUUGAACUGUUAGUAGUUCCACAAGGCAUAUGGUACCCGCCCCAGAAGCUAUGAACAGUUUUUUCCAUUUUCAGCUUAGGCUACUGUUCACAUCUCCUUUCUCAUGCAGUGUUCUUUCUAGGAGAGGGAGUGGGAAAUUUUCCUUUCUCUGGUACAUUCCCAUGUUGCUCUUGGAGCACUUACAGUCAGUUCCACUCAUGCAUGAGUGCCCCAGCCUGGCCUUUCAAGAACAAACUUGUGAGGGGCCAGAUGUUUCCUGUAUUUCUGAAUUUACAGCAUGAGAAGCAUUAUAAGGCUAUCAUUACUUCUUUCAACGAGGCACCUACUUCUCCCACAACAAAACUCAGAAGCUGAGCCAUCUGGGACAAGGUGCAGAAGAUAUUAGCUGCCCCUGGGCUGUAGCCAGGGAAGGAGCUUAUCCACACACAAGAGGAUCACUUUAUACUCUGUCCACCCUGGAACUGGCACCCUGCUCUUAAAAACAUUUUCUGCUGCCAUACUUACCUGAAGCAGGUUAUUAGUGUCACUGAGUUGUCAGUGCCUGACCUGAAGACAGAUAGUGCCUGCCCCUCUAAUUGCAAGAAAUUAUUUGGGAAAGAUUGCUCUGGCCAGAGGCCUGCUACUCUUUUAACCUUCUGUCCUUCUCCCCCAUAGCCGUUUUACUUUGCAAAAGCUGGAGAAGGGGGUGGGAUUAGAGAGAUUGAAAUACAAUAGUGACACAUUCAGACUCUUCAUCUAGGCAAAAAGCAAUAUAAUCGAAUGUAGAUGUAUAGGAUGGGGGAUACCUGACUUGACAUGUGAAAAGGACCCAGGAUUGGAUCUCAGGAUUAUAAACUAUUAGCUGCUGAACAUGAGUUGAUAAGGUGAUGCAGCUUCAAACACAGCUAAUAUUCUGCACUAAUCAUACCUCAUCUGGAGUACUUUGUUCAGUUUUGAGUGCUGUGAUACAAGAAGGUUGUGGAUGAAUCAGAAACAGUUCAGAGAAGAAGAAGAAUGGGUGGUUAGAGAUGUAGAAAACAAGUUCUCUCAGAAAAGGUUGAAGAAACUGGGUAUCUUUAGCAUGAACAAGAGAAGACUGAGGGGAACAUCGAAGACUCAAAGGACUGAUACAUAAUACUUGUUCUCUGGUGCCCUGGAGGGCAGAAGUUAAGGACAGUUUUCAGCUGAACAUUAAAAUAAACUUAACAGUAGGAGCAGUUUGACCGUGGAAUCAGUUACUUGCAGGGGUGAUGGGUUUUUACUUGUCAGAAGCCAUGAAGGAAAAGCUGAAGGUGCUCUAGGUUUGGAUUUUCUCCAUCAAGCAGGG